AGAGUGGCGUCACCCCUUUUAGCCAGCCUUAAUGAUCCCCUUAUUGUUUUUCUAUUGUUUGUCCAUGUGUAAAUAUUUUAUGUUCCCUAAGUAUUUUUAUUACUACAAUAUUGUUGGGAUAAUGACUUUAGCAAGUUGGCAUGUUGCCGACUUUAAUUUUUAAUGUAGAAGAUGGCUGCGUCCUACUCAACGCCCCAUGAUGGCGGCUUUGUUAAGCCAAAUCUAGAUUUGUUAUUGUUGUCUGGCCCAACUUUAACUUUUACUCAUGUAUUGCUUUCAUUAGCUACAGGCUGGUUAUACAUACAGAUAUAUUCUAGAUAUCAUGAACUACCUUCAAUUUAUGCUGACCUGCUUUUUCCUAACAGCCUUAUACUUGAGCGUUGUCUCGUUUGAAAAACGCCAAAGAACACGACUAGAAACAAAGUGCAUGGGACAUACAAAUUAUACAUAUCUGCGUUACAGAAACUCGGAAAAGUGUUGGACUUCGUCCGAAAAUGACAAAAACUAUUUGGACGCCGUCAAAUCUUGCCAAGAACAAGGUGCGCUGUUGGGCACAAUUAAGACUAAAAAUGAAAUAACAUUAUUCCGCCUAUUCACAACAAAAAAUAUUGUAUGGAUUGGCCUUGAUAAAAUUAAUAAAUCUACUUUCACCUGGAUUGACAAUCAAAAACCUGUGAAAAAUAUUUCUUUCUACUUUCCAGGUCUUCAAGCAUCAGCAGACAUACGAAAUUUAGCCGAUUGCGCAAUAGCUAUAUAUCCGAAACUAAUUUUCAGGUUUCUAUUGAAACACUGUGAAAGUAUAGAUCCAUAUAUUUGUGAAAUACGCUAAAAUUUAAUUUUUAAAAAUAAAAAGACUUUUAAAUUUAUAAAAUACAUUUAACCUAAAAAUUGGUGACAAUUUAUUAAGUAAAAUCUGCUAAUUGAUAAUAUCAUGUACAUUAGCCAAUGCACAUUUGCUGAAAAAAUACUUAUUAAUUGUUAUUGUAGCUUUUGUGCCAAUCAAAUAGCAAUACAUAUUAGGGCAUCACCGGAUAGAUGCUCCGGCCUAAUAGCCAGCCAUUUUUUCACUAUCCGGCCAUAUUCGGCUCCGGACGAAUAUCAUUGCAGGAAAGUUGGCCGGAUAGUACAAAUUACACUUUUUACCUAUAUUUCUAUUAAUUUGUAUCAAUUUGUCCUCGUUUCAGUAAUAUCUCUUAUGGAAUUUAUGACAUUUAUUAACGUUUAUAUAAAAAAAAAUAUGCUUAAAAAUGUAUGAAUAUGCACCAAACAUUUUGUAUU